AUGCCUCCAAAAUGUAUCAAAAUAAAUCAAUCAGACACAAGCCAGGAAUCAAUUGCUGAUGAAGAUAUAAUCAGUGACUUGCCACGGAAUGUAUUAGAUUGCAUUCUUGGGAAAAUGCGUAUACGUGAAGCUGUAAGAACGAGUGUUCUAUCAGAGAAGUGGAGAUUUUACUACUUAACCAUUCCAGAAUGGAUUUUUGAUGACAAAUUCUGCAAACAACUUCAAAAAUUUGCCCUCUCCCAAAAUAAAUGUCGUAUAUUAUCUGAAUAUGAGCUCGAGAUCAAGUACCAAUUUGACGAAAUUGUCACCAGGUCUCUUCUGCUCCAUCUUGGGUUAUGUGUUCCUAAUUUCAAUUCAACCAGGGUUCCUAACGUGAACAAAUGGAUUCUAUACUUAUCUCGGAAAAAUAUCAAGAAAUUAACCUUAGAAUACAAGAAUAAGGAUACUAUACGUCAUAAGUUACCUCCUUUUUUCUUUUCUUGUCUGGACUUGACAUACUUGAAGCUCCAUAAUUUUUCUUUUUCACCUCCACCGCCAGUGUUUAAGGGCUUCCUGUAUCUUGACCAAUUGGUGCUUCUUGGUGUUCACCUUGUAAGCAACUGUUUUGAAAGUUUCCUCUCCAGCUGCCCCGUUCUUCAAAGUCUAGUGUUGUGCGGGUGUUCCGGUGUUCAUCAUUUUAGUAUCGACAGUUCUAAACUCCAGAGGUUGUGCAUCAAGGCCGAUGAUGAUUUUGAAUCAAUCUCCUUAGAAAACGCUCCUAACUUGACUAAAGUUUCUGUUACACUGGACAAAGUUGUAAUAGGCCUGGAAAGCAAUCCUGAUUCUGAUUUGGUUAAGUUUGUGGAUGGCUUGCCUAGAGUCGAAAUACUUCGUCUAAAUGGCAAGUUUCUACAGCUCCUAGCUAAAACUCCAGUUCCGCCUAUUGUAUCACCCUCGCCAGACUCUCUGAAGAUUAUUGAAUUCAAAGGUGCAAACUUUAUGAACUUUGAUGAGAUAUCUGUUGUUGUCUGCUUGAUCAGAAGUGCUCCAAAUUUGCAAGAACUUCAUAUUGAGGCUUCUACGGUCGAGCUAAACCAAGAACAAGUCUCUGGUUAUCUAAAACUCCUGGACUGCACAACUUUUCCCCUUAGCAAACUUCAUCUGGUCAAGUUUACGAAUAUCUCAAGUUUCGUUCCUGAGUUUGAGUUCAUCCAUUUCCUUGUCUUUAGUUCGCCAUCACUUGCAACACUGAGAAUUGAGCGUGGAGCACCCAAAUCUUGAAGCUGUAGUAGCAUUGAAUAUAACCAGGAAGCUGCUCCAGUUUCGGCCACCAUCAACAGUGAACAUAGAUUUCUCGAGGGACAGUAAAAACAUAAGUGUCAUAAUGCAUUUUCAGAGAAUUAGCAUUAUGUAAGUUUGAGCAAAGUAACUUGGUUAAGUUCAAAAUACUGAA